UCCCGUCUCCUCAGCGCGUAGACCGGAGAGCUCCUUCUCAGGACGCUUUAAUCAGGAUUUGCAGCCUCCCCAACCCCCCCAAAAAAGCGUUUUGGAGGAGUUCGCUCCGUCGCCCUUCGCCUCGUCUCUCUGUUUUAGUUUCCGAGGACGCUGGUUCAUUUCUUGAGCAGAAAGCUUGGAAUCGGAACCGAGCGCUUGUUGUGUUUUUCGCUCGACUUCUGUGGGCGGAUACAGCGGAGGAGGGCAUCCGGGCCUGGCAGCUCCGGAGGGUCCGCUCGAAACCACGGAAUUCACCGUUUAUAGGCCGCGCACCGCCUCGCCAUGGAGAAGAUGAAGAGGAUUAAGAAGCGUCUGUCGUUAACGCUCCGCUCAAGUCAGACCAUCGACGAGUCGCUUUCCGAGCUGGCCGAGCAGAUGACCGUUGAGGACGGCGGCACCAAGGACAACGAGCCCUUCGUGAGGAACGGCCGGCCGCCCACCUCCCACAGCAUGCACUCCUUCCUGCACCAGUACACCGGCUCCUUCAAGAAGCCGCCGCUCCGCCGGCCGCACAGCGUCAUCGGCGGCACCCUGGGCUCCUUCAUGUCCAUGCCGCGCAACGGCAGUCGCUUGGACAUCGUGCACGAGAACCUGAAGAUGGGUUCGGACGGGGAGAGCGACCAGGCGUCGGGGACGUCGUCGGACGAGGUCCAGUCCCCGACGGGCGUCUGUCUGAGGAACCGAGUCCACCGGAGAAUUUCCAUGGAGGACCUGAACAAACGCUUGUCGCUGCCCGCUGACAUCCGGAUCCCCGACGGCUACCUGGAGAAGCUGCAGCUCGCCAGCCCGCCCUUCGACCAGCCACUCAGCCGCCGCUCACGCCGAGCGUCGCUGUCGGAGAUUGGCUUCGGGAAGUUGGAGACUUACAUUAAGCUCGACAAACUGGGAGAGGGCACGUACGCCACCGUUUUUAAAGGACGCAGCAAGCUGACGGACAACCUGGUGGCUCUGAAGGAGAUCCGGUUGGAGCACGAGGAGGGAGCGCCGUGCACGGCCAUCAGAGAAGUGUCGUUACUGAAGGACCUGAAACACGCCAACAUCGUGACGCUCCACGACAUCGUCCACACCGAGAAGAGCCUCACGCUCGUGUUCGAGUACCUGGAUAAGGAUCUGAAGCAGUACAUGGAUGACUGCGGAAACAUAAUGAGCAUGCACAAUGUGAAGGUCUUCUUGUUCCAGAUUUUGCGCGGGCUGUCGUAUUGUCACAAGAGGAAAGUUCUCCACAGGGACCUGAAGCCCCAGAACCUCCUCAUCAACGAGAAGGGAGAGCUCAAGCUGGCCGAUUUCGGUCUGGCGAGGGCCAAGUCGGUCCCGACUAAAACGUACUCCAACGAAGUGGUGACUCUGUGGUACCGGCCUCCCGACGUUCUGCUGGGGUCCUCCGAGUAUUCGACGCAGAUCGACAUGUGGGGCGUGGGCUGUAUAUUUUACGAGAUGGCCGCGGGUCGGCCGCUCUUCCCGGGCUCCACGGCGGAGGACGAGCUCCACCUCAUCUUCAGGUUACUCGGAACGCCGGCGGAGGACAACUGGCCGGGAAUAUCCGCCAUCGAAGAGUUCAAAUCUUACAACUUCCCCAAAUACAAACCUCAGCCGUUCAUCAACCACGCUCCCAGGCUGGACGGCGAAGGCGUCGAGCUGUUGCUGGCUUUCCUCAGAUACGAAUCGAAGAAGAGGAUCUCGGCGGAGGACGCGAUGAAACAUUCCCACUUCAGGCAUCUCGGGAUGAGAAUUCACACGUUGCACGAGAGCGUCUCCGUAUUGACGUUGAAGGAGGUGCAGCUGCAGAGAGAUCCGGGCUACAGGAACUCGUCGUACCCGGAGUCCGGCAACGGCAAGGUCAACCGGAGGCAGAGCAUGCUCUUCUAGAGUUCCGCGAAGAAGGAAGACACCUCGGUCUUCACCCUGUACCCGACCAACCUGUCUGGCAUGAGCCCCCUUCCGGCAACCCCUCCCCACCCCCUCCCAGUUUUACCCACCCACACACGCACAUUCACAUGCACACACCCCUCUUGACUUAGGUUCAAUUGGUGUGUUUAUUUAUUUACAGACAAGCGGGACAGGGGAUGUUUGCUGCUAAAGUACUACUGUAUGUAUUUAACACACCCUGUUAAUGUGCGAGCGCGCGUGCGCGCGCAUGACGCGAAGUCGCUUCUACAGUCGGUAACGACGGCUGUUGUUUUUGUUCCCGCCUCCCGUUUCAUUUUGUUGAGAAAUUCCGCAGACGACGUUCAAGCUGUGAUUCAAGUUGUCGGAGACCACACGCUUGGUUUAUUUUAAUAGUAUUCAUUUGGUGUUUGAGUUCUCCCGGGAGAUCCUAUGACGGAAACGUACUUAUUUUGGGAAGCGACCUUCGGCGGGAGGCCACCGGCCUGCAUCGUAGUCGUCGAGUCAGAUCAAAUGGGAACAUUUGGAAUGACAAUUUGGAGUAUUAAGGCCACAUUUAAAAGGGAAAAAAAUGUUAACGUUACAAGAGUCGCAGGGCUACGACAAUAAAGUUGUAUUUUUUCCCCGAAAAAAAGCGAAUCUAAAAAUUGACAGGUAAUAUUGUGACUUUGUUCAUGUUAAAUGAAUAUAUUUGAGCAAAAUAGGAAAGCUCAUUACUGUAAUAUUAAAGGUUUUGGGUGUCAUAUUUAGAAGUAAUUCCUGCAGCUUUGCUUGUUUUUACCUCACGUUAUUGCGACUUUAUUCUUGGAAGAUGACUUUUGUUGUGGUAGUGCUGACUUUAUUGUCAGAAAAUUCCAAUUUUUUCCCCCCCUCAAACGAUUGUCACGUUAUUCUUCCAAUGUUACACUUUGUUCGGUGUUUGUUCUUGUGACGUCGCGACAUUCCACCGUUUUUCUCACAACGUUGCGACUUUGUCAUUGGAAGACGACAGCUUUUUUUAAAUUGCAAAAGUACGACUUAAUUGUCGUAACACUUUGGCUUUUUCCUUCAAAUAUUGUGACCUGAUUUCCUUACAGCUUUUGUUAUGAAACGUCGGGGAAAGAAACGGAUGCCCUUUUUUUUCUUGCGAUAUCACGGCUAUUUUUCCCUCAUGAUUCUGGCAGCCCGUUCCAGAAAGAUAAUGCCUCGUUCCUGGUAAUAAGUCUUUAGUUUUGUAACAUUCCAAGUUGUUUUAUUCCUAAUACUGUGACUUUUGUCUUGUAAACAUGAACACGAGUCAAUCUUUCAGUGCAAACGAAAGGGUUUUUCUUUAGUCAGUAUUGCGUCAUAUCAGGUUUUGGUGUGACUUGUUUAAAACUCCAGCAAUUUUUCUCAAAAUAGUGUGACUUUUGUCUCAAAAGUUCUGCCUCUUCUUCUUGUAAUUUUUGUAAAAACUGAAACCUUUCGUCUGAUCCCAUUCCCCUUUGUGUUGUUACUACUACUUUUGACAUAAAUUUUGUUUUUAGUGUGGCCCCAAUACUCCAUUGUCCAAAGUCAGUAUUGUGAGCGGGGUGGGGAAAUGAGGUCGUGUUUGACAAAGCAAAAAGGAAAGAAUGCAGUGGGCUGGGUUCUCGCACUCAGUGCAGUAAUUUAGUGUUUAACUGGCACUUUUAUAGACACAUCUGGAAUUUGGCAGACGCGGGCCGAGUUUAGCCAACAGUAUUAACAGGUGUCUUCUAUGCGUCUGCGACCUUAGAACUCUCUCGUCAACCUACGGCGUCAUCGCGUCUCGGCACAGUCGGCCUCGGGGCGCGGAGCCGAUGCUGUAGUUUCGUUUUGAAACGGACACUUGCGUAGAAGCGCCGUUUGUAUUCCAGGCGCGUUUUACCGAAGCGCUCCUCAAUUCUCGCCGCGCGCACUCUGGACGUGCGGGUCGUAGGAGGUAUUUGUCUCGAAGAGACAAAUUGAGAAACUCACAGUAGCAGAGUGUAAAAGAUAAAACGACCCCCGGAAUGUAUCGAACGAGAGCGUCUGUUUCUACAUACCGUGAAAAGUGCAGUAACGACUACUACGAUUUAUCGUUUGCAGCUAAAGGUGUCCUCAUCCCGGAAGCACACUGUAUUUGUCUUCAACGGGUAGUGGCAAACGUAUGACAAAUUGUUUGUCAUGGCCAAGCGAAGCUAUUUUUUCUACAAAUACGUUAUUGUCUUAUAGCCACGACACAAAUAACGUGGAAGUGUUUUGUUCACUCGCGGGGGAGACAACAUUAUAUUAACGGUCGUUGCCACGAACUUGUAUUGGAGUGAGAUAUCGCGGCUAUUAACCGCGAACCUCGACGGUAUACGUAUAUUUCGAAAUGAACGGCAGUAACCGCGCAUGACGGGAGAUGCGUACCGCGGCUUUAUUCGUCAUCGUACGGCUUUUGCGCAAUCGCUUUCGAGAGCGCGUGUUUGCGCGCGCGCAGAACAGCAACGUGUGCCCGCCACGUUUUUGAAACCACACCGAGCCGUAGGGCAACGCUCGGCGCGUGCCUGCGCGUGAGAGUCUUUCUACUGGAAUAAUUUAUUUCUCGUAACCUUCGGUAAGUAAAUUGAAUCUGUUUCAUAUAACAAGUCUGCAUUUGUUCAUUCGGGAUUGCAUCACAUCUGAAAGGCGUUUGUAAAAUUUGGACAAGAUGAUACAUUUGCAUCAAUCACUGAACCAAAAGGCCUGGAAGUUUGGCCAAUUUAUAUAGACCACAAGGGGUCAUUAGAAAUCGGAUUUCGACGGAUUUGAACAGAUUGAUCUGGAGGAGGAAUCACCUUUUAUUGUCAUGACCAUGCACGCACAUGAAAUUUGUUUUCCUCAUUUUACCCAUCACAGCGAACGCAUACACACGUUAGCGGAACACACCGGAGCAGGGGGCAGCUGAAGCGCCCGGGGAGCAUUUCGGGGUCUCGGCGUGUCGGCGGAUGAUCCAGUCGGGGUCUUGAACCUAGGUCCCCGACGGUGGCAGGCGAUGAUCUUAACCAUUGGGCCGCGGCCCAAUAAAGUUAAAGAGUAAUAAUUGAGAAAACACUUUCUAUAAAAUAACCAUUGGAAUCAGCUGUUAAUCAGAAUUUGUACAUCAUGGUGACAUCAUAGAAGGUACAGCAUAUAAAAGGCUUUUAUUGAGAAAGAGACACGGGGGAAAUUUGUGGCUUUUUUUUUUUUUUUUAAGCAACCAGAACAGAAGCAUUCUUAUACAAAUAAGUGCAGGAAAGGUAAACCCUGUACAAUUGCACAAUGUUACGGAACGGUUUAUAAACCACGUUGCUUAUAUUUUGAAGGCCGAUUAGCCCAGGUGUCCGUCAACAGGACUUGUGAGAGGAGAGCGACGAAUGAGUAGACAGACAAUGGCGUCAAGGCAAUGGCACGGCUCCAUUCAACAAGGUACAAUGAACUACAGGGUCAGUAAAUCAAUAUUUGAUUGAUCUAAAGUGUCUGUGUGCAUAUUUAUUUACACGUUUCUGCCAGCAGGGUCGGCAUCGCAAAUGGCAAUUUGUUGUCAAUUACCACGCUUGGAUAAAUAAAGGUGUAAUAAUUGUAAACGAUAUCCCGAACGCGGCGUGGCUCUGCAACGGUUCUGGACUCGGAGGUCCCCACCAGACUCGAAUUGGACCGAAUUUGGAAGAUGAGGAGCAGGGGAUUCGGGGUGAGCAGAUGGAAUCAAAGCUAGAGGGAAACGUGUUUGUUUUGGCAUCAAGUACAGAAGGCCUUCGAAAGGCUUGGAGUACUUGGCGUGGCCAACAGAGGGCGUAGUUAACCGGAGCACCGAAGAAGAACAGGAAGCGCGUACGAAGUUUGGUAAAUAGUGAAGGUGAAUUCCUACGAGAAAUACCGUUAUUUGCAGCAGUAGGCUCGCUUUCGGUAUUGUUUAGACAUUCAAUUCCCGAACAAGUUAUUACAAUGCAAACUUUGGAGUCUUUUCACUCCGCAAUGCUAAUAGAGGCAACCGGCACGUCGGUCCUUUUAUCCCAAAAGCUUUUCCAGCUCUUAAAAUAUUCGGAUGUGUGCUUUGGGCGAGAUGGACAACAAGCAGGCAUAAAUAGGGAAGAGUCCAAAGCUGCAAUUUUCGAACCGAAGAAGCCUUUUCGAUUCAAUGCGAAACGUCUUUGACAAACAAGAACAGUCCAGAUGAUUUGAAUCAGCCUUUGUGAAUUUCCACGACCGAGACGACUGGCAAUCCACGCGGACAUUUUUCCCCAAAAGCAGUAUGGCCGCUAAUGCUACGGUUUGCGACGUCACGUCGCACACAGCCCGGCCGGUAAACUUGUCGGAACUCACAGCAUCGCUUCUAAAACUCCUCCCCUCUCACAUCUCCGACGGAGUCAAGGAUCCAGAGGGAUGGGCUGCAAUUUUCAGGGCGAUACGAGGUCGUUUCCCGUCGGGAGGAGGGGCGGGGGCGAGAUGUUCCAGGUCUCCCGGAACGGGAACCGCCUCCUUCCCUCCGACCGGACGACAGGUUGAAAGACAGAUGGGCCUGAUCCGAAUCGUCGGUCACCGCGCGGGCGGUAUUCCGCGGUGGGGAGUUUUCACUCGCGGACGCCCGAGGAGCCUCGGUCAGUUAGUUUGGACCGUAAUUAGGGUGCGGGUGUCCCCCGUAUUCAGCUGACUCUGCAGUCUAGGUCCUCUUCUGGAGUCCAGCCACGACUUCAGUUUGUUGUAGUGUCGUAGCGGCGGCGGCGGCGCAGGGCUCAGCCGAGCUCGUCGUAGUUGAACGUCGGCGGCUCGGCCGCCUCCUCGGACUCCAGCGGCUCGACGCGGCCGUCGUCCGGCAGAUGAGACGUUAUCCGUUCUCUGCGACGGCGGUGACCUGUGAGGACGAACCGUGGAAAAAACAGCGGUAACGCCGCGACAAAGCAGGGAACCGUCCGAUCUGUAGAUACGGCCGCAGCACUUUCCGUUUGCCGUUUACGUCCGCGACGCGGCGAUAACACCUUGUCGGAAGGUGAUUUCACUUACUACGAACUUUGAAUCUUCGUUCAUCCGUGUCCGCCAGCGACAGGCGUAACAUUGAAAUAGGUGUCCGCUCGACGGCGUAAGGUACAACAAACUCGUUACCGUUCACGUGACGGAAUAAUACCGAGUUGAACGAAACAAGCUCAGAUUUCACACGGAGCUCGUGAACGAGUUGAGACGAGAUCCUUGUUUUUCCAAAGUAACUGCUUUUUGCGACGUCAGCGUGAUUUGAAUGGACAGUAAAGACCACGCUAACGUAUUUGUUCCCGUCUCGGACGCGCCGCUGCGUAACGUACAUUGUGACACACGGCAGCGGCAGACGUAGCCGUUCCCGUUGACAGUUACCGUAUUUCGGCAAAUAGCGGCCUGCGCCGAAACGGACGAGAUGUCCAGUUUAUUGCUCGGCUCGCUCGGGGGGGAACGAGCACUCGGCCUGGGAUAAAUUGAGAAGACAGAGGUCGCGGAAGUUUGCCGGAACCACUACCGCCGCAGCGGAUGUGGCAUCUGUAAAGCCGAAGUCUUUAGUAGUAGCACGAAGGAGUACGAACCUGGCGCUGUAAAUGAACAAAUUAGAUGAAUGUAAUCAAUGUGUGAUUCGGUUUCAAAAACAAAAGGAACGGUCCACGUCGUACAGCGCUCGUCCCGAUCGGGGUCGCGGGUGAGCGCACUUUGUCCGCCGCAUUAUUCUCAUCCGCGUAAGGAAAUGCGCAUACAUGCGCUGGCUGCCACUUGGCGAACUGAACUGAUAGUCGGUUCCUGUUACAUGGGCAAGUACAGUUGGCCUUCUUGUCACUUGAAAAACAGCAUUGUUUCAUUCACACCGGAACCGGUUGUAUUUGUAAUUUUCCAAAGUCAAAUGAAAUCCAACAAAUAUUGGAAUGUCACGUGACUAAAGAAUGACCUCAUGUCAACGUACGUAUCGUCAAUGUGGACGUUGUGAGAACGGCGAUCCGUCUCGCAAUUACACGCAGGGCCAACACGACUUACUAGUAAAAUGAAUCCUACUAGUGAGGCAAAACGGCAGUAUUUGACCUCUGCACUCUACUCGUAGGACUAGUGCAGCGCUUGAUGUUUAUAAUGUCAUGAAGCGCUGGGCAAGUACCGAUAGCUAAAGUAGUUUACCAAUGAGGUCUAAUCGCAUACUGUCGGAGCCAUAGCGUUUUGAUAUUUUCUGCAUGACUGGGACGCUUGUGUGUGUGUGUGUGUGUGUGUGUGUGUGCGCGUGUGCGUGUGUGCGCGCGCGUGUCUUGAUCGAACAGGUUUUCCCACCACGGUAAUUGGGGGGAGUGGUUUUGUUGAUGAAUGAGUGCGCUCACCUGUGCGCCUGGGCACGAGGCCUUGAACAUGGCUGGCAGGCUGAGCUCGGGCUCCAACUUUCUGUUGACUGAAAAAGUCCAUUACAAAGCAUAAACUUGUCAUCGUGGCGUCCGCCAAAGGAAAGAGUUGCAUUAUUUGACAUGACCAACCAAGUAAGUGCCUGUUUAUUGAAUUCUUUUGAAAAUGUGAAUGAAUUAACACCGCAGGCAAUUCCAAUAGUUGGCGUGCGGGCCACGAGAAGUCGUCUCGUCUUAGCCUGCUGGGAUUUAAGCGUACAAUAGGCUACAAUUAGGCUGUAAAGUGCGUUCGUAGUGGCAAAAGAGUGCUAAUAAGAGCUGACUUGUAUAACUUGUGAGGUAAAUGAGCGUAUUAGUGUAGGGACUUUAACUUAAAUGGGCAACGAAUGUCCAAACGUCUUUCCAUAGUUUGGGAUCUGUGGUGGCGCAGGUAAGUUGAUUUAAUUUAUUUUCAAUGAUUUUCGUGCAUGUGAAUGAAUGAACAGGCUGCUACACAGCCUGUUGUAAGUCAACGAACGAAUGAGUAUUGGCGCCCUCUGGCGGUAACUCAACGAAGCGUUUCCGUCAGUUUCUGUGAGUCAGCGGCGUUCAAACAAGCUCGGAAGAGGGAUGCGCGGUUUUGUUUUGGUUACGAAUGUAACUGUUUUCCGCAUUGAAAAGGCAAAUUCCCACUUCUGGUGCCGUGUGUUUCAGUAAAAGGGUAGGGGUUGUUGGAAAUAAUAAUGCGGUUCUUUAUUUUUUUGUGCGAAUGUUAAAGACAUCCGUUUGUCACGUGAACGCACUAUCGACGAGAGGCAAACAUGGGCCGGUCGGUAACGAAGCGCGAUGAAGACGUCGCUCCCCCGAAAGACGGCAGCGCGUCUUUGCCUGAACACUCGUACUGGUUCGACGUUUGGCUUUUCGUCGUGUUCGACGUGGCGCUUUUCCUGUUUGUGUACUUCCUAAUACCCUAAAACUGUAAGUGGGGAAGUUUGCCGCAGUCCAAGUUCGAGGGCGUGCACGGAAGUGGCUCAAUUGCCUCGGCGUAUUUUGCAGCAAAGUGUCGUGAAAUGUAAAAAUAAUCCAUUUUUGAGCUACUCCCAAGUAACUGCGUGCAGAAUGAGCGGUUACUGAAACCCGUUCAUUGAUUUGGCAACGGAGUAUAAUGAAAAGUUCAAUGACAUUUAGUGGUAUUUAUGUAUUCCCCCCAGGAUGACUUCGACCGGACUGUCAAGAGUGAACACCGGGGAUGCCGGUCGCGCUCAGCCCUAGAUGGAAACCCUAACCCAGCUUUUGACGGAAUUUAACAGUAACUAAUUGCACAUUUGACUUUGACCAAAGGGAAACUCUGCUAAUAUGUGGCUUUGAUUGGCUUGUUUUCAUCUGGAGGACGAUAGCGCCCAAUGAAGGAUUUCCACAUGUCAACUGUUUCCGUAUUUAUGACGAUGAUGAUUAAAGACGUAUAUGUCGUGUGUAAAAUCAGGUGACUCUCCAUUGUGGGUCGGUAAGAUUGUAACGCGCCGAAGCCGAUGUUGCGCUUCCAUUUCCCACUCAUCACCGCCAGGUCACGCACGGCGGUGUAGGUUUGUUUUGGCGGCGUCACAACGCACAAUGUGAAGUCACUCGAAUGGAGGACAUUUGCACACGUUGAAAUAAAGGAAGGAAAAUGUCA